AUGGACUUUCUCAAACUUGUGGCAAUAUCACUGGCGUUUUGGAGUGGAACUUUAUCGAUUGGAGAAGAUGAUUUGGUAAAAGAUCUUCCGGGUCUCAUUUUCAAUGUGAACUUUAAAAUGUACUCUGGCUAUUUGAACGCCAAUCAAAAUGGAUCAUGGAAAAUGCAUUACACAUUAACGGAAUCCCGAAAUGAUCCAGCCAACGAUCCGUUACUUGUUUGGUUUAAUGGCGGUCCUGGUUGCUCCUCGUUUGCUGGUCAAUUCGAAGAACUUGGUCCGUUCUAUGUGAAUAAAGAUGGGAAAAGUCUAUAUGAGAAUGUCUACUCGUGGAAUGCUCGUGCAAACGUGCUCUACUUGGAAUCGCCAAUCGGUGUCGGCUUUUCGUAUGAUACGAACACGAACAACUACACAUAUGCCUCCGAUGAUCAAACGGCCGAUCAAAACUAUGCGGCACUCAAAGAUUUCUUUGCCAGAGUUCAAACGAAAUACCAAAAACGCAAGUUUUUCCUCUCUGGUGAAUCCUAUGCGGGAAUCUAUAUCCCAAUGCUCUCCGCUCGCUUAGUCAAAGGGAUCAAUUCGAACGAUUUCCCGAAUCCCAACUUUCAGGGAUCGGCAAUUGGAAACGGUUUCAUGAAUGUGGCCUAUUUGCAAAAUUCGCUUAUCCUCUGGAGCAUGUACCAUGGACGAAUCUCGUUGGAUGACUGGGACGAUAUCAAGAAGUAUUGUCGUGAUGAUCAAACCACUGAUAUGGACAAUGUGGAUUUCUCGAAGCAUUUCAUCUCCACCACCAAUCAAAUCGAUUACGUGAGCGAUAACUCUCGUUGCGGAAAUCUCACCGCUCAGUGGCUCAUUUUGCCCGAUAACAUGGAUCAAUACAAUUACUAUCAAGAUUGCUAUACGGGAAGUUCGAUAAACGUCGUCAAUGCAACUGUUUCAUCGUUUACCGAGAAACCAGAACAUGCUGGUAAAAACUUCAAGCGUGUCUUCGCUGGGCCACGACGCUUUGGGUUAGAUCCAAAUACAGCGAACACAUACAACUAUGACUCGACGGACAAUCAAUGGGGUUACAUUUGUUGGAAUGAAGACGCUCUUUUCAAGUGGGCGAAUCGACGAGAUGUGCAAAAAGCUUUGAACAUUGAUCAAGAAUGGCAAAACCGAAAGGACAACGAUGGGAAACCAUUCCCGUGGACAGAUUGCAACAAUGCUCUUUAUGACAGCUAUCAUUUAACGUACAACACGACAAAUCAAUUCUUUGACUAUGUGAUUAAGAAUGUUAAGACACCAAAUUUCCGUUUCUUAAUCUACAAUGGAGAUGUUGAUACGGUGUGCAAUUAUUUGGGUGACGCUUGGCACAUGAGAGAUGUCACAAAUCAAAAUGCUUUCACAUCAACACCCCGUGAUCGUUGGUGGUUUCGUGAUCAAGUGGCCGGCUUCUAUCAGCGCUACACGAAACAACAAAUCACGAUCGAUGUCUUGACUGUUAAGGGUGCUGGCCACAUGGUGCCCAACGAUCGACCCGGACCAUCGAUGCAAAUGAUCACGAAUUUUAUGUUCCCCGACACAAAUGGCCUCGUUGACUACUCGUCGAAUCAAACGGCCGAUCCAACGAGGAAACCCGCUGAUUUGUUGACAACUUCUACGGUACUGCCCACCGAUUCGACGACAACAAAUGACGCUUUCGCCCGCUCGCUUUUGUCAUUGUUAUCCCUUUUGGUGGUUUUGUUGUUG